UUCCUGGUCAAGCGCAGCACCAUAGUAUAACCCUAAACCCUAAUCUAAACCCACAAAGACCAAUUUGCUGUGUUUAGAAGAAAUCCACAGAAUUCAGCAGCUAUGGCUUGGCGUGGUUCCGUCACCAGAUCACUCGCUUCCGUCGCUAGAGCUUCCACUUCCCGUUCAUCUCCGACUGUUAACCGCGUUCGCACUCCUCCGAUCUCCGCCCCUCGUUCCAACACGCGCCGCUUCUCAUUUACCAGUCCCAGGACAUUGGGAGCUUUGGGGUGUACUCAGUCAUUUUUGCCGCUGCAUAAUGUGGUGGCUGGAACUCGAUUGACUUCUCACUUGACAGUUAACGUGCGGGCUUGCUGCGAGCUGUAUCAUGGGAGGAAUGGAAAAGAUGGGUGAUGUCAGCAGCACUUCCAAACCUCCAGUGGGACAUUUUGCAGCAUUGUACUUGAACACAAUUAAUGGAGCAGCACAAAGUUGCUUGAGGUUAAUGGUAGUCUUGGCAGGUUGAUGCAUCUCUGACAAUCUGUUUUGGAUGCAGAAAAUAAUAACUGUUAAUCUUUGUUUUUUCACAUUCUAAAGAUAAACUAGAAAAUCUGUUUCCGACAGUAUCAUAGAGAUUAAAUUUAUUUCAGUUAAGUGUUCAUUUAU